AAUGGACUCAAAAAUUAUUCCACUUCAAAAUAUUGAUGAAUUCAAAUCAUCUAUCCUUGUUGAAGAAAGAGUGGCCAUCUUAAUAUUUACAGCAGAAUGGUUGAAUAUCUCUAUUAUCUUUAGGUGUUAACCAAGUUUGAACUUAGUAACAUAAAUGAAAAAAGAAUUGGAUUAAUAAAGAAAAAGAUUAAAUUAAUAAACAGGUGUCAUUAAUAUCUUUGUUGUGGAUCAUGAAAAAGAAGGAUCUUAUCAAAUAGUCAAAUAAUUUGCUCCAACUACAUUGCCUUAUGUAUAUUUAUUUGAGAAAGGGAAAUAUAUUGCUUAAUUUGGAGGUCUAGAUGUUUUUGCAAUGAAUAAAUUAAUUAAGAAAGCUUUGGAAUCAUCUAGAGCAUUAUGAA